CCACUAUAGCCCCGGAAUUUGCUAAUCAUCCUCAUCAUAAUCCUACGUGACUCAGCAAAUCACCAUCUUUACGCCAGCUUACGCUAAUCAUCUCUUUAUCUCCGUUACGCCAAUUAUCGAUUCUUUAUAAGCCCACCCCCCAUCUUCACAUUUUGAGACUGGGACUGUUCAUACAAGGCACGCAAGCAACGAAACCUGCCCAUUGCUUCUUUCCAUGUCCAAUUCCCCUGUUUCUUACUCAAUAACCUAAAGCUUUUAAGUUUCUUCUUCAUCUUCAAGUUUAAGACAUGUCGAGCUCGGGGGUAGUGCGAAGAGGAAUUCAUUAUUUGCAAAAGCUAAAAGCCGCGAAUAUACCUUCUGAUUUGAUAGAAAAGGGCCAAAAUCGUGUUAUCGAUGCUUCUCUUACCCUUAUUCGGGAGAGGGCAAAGCUCAAGGGAGAACUUGUGCGUGCUUUGGGCGGUGCUUUAGCAUCAACAUCACUGCUUGGAGUUCCUUUAGGACAUAAUUCAUCGUUUCUUCAAGGACCCGCUUUUGCUCCUCCUCGUAUUCGGGAGGCUAUCUGGUGUGGCAGCACUAACUCAGCCACUGAAGAAGGCAAGGAACUAAAUGAUCCACGGGUGCUAACUGAUGUUGGUGAUGUCCCUGUCCAAGAAAUACGUGAUUGUGGUGUAGAUGAUGAUAGAUUGAUGAGUGUCAUAAGUGAAUCUGUCAAGCUAGUAAUGGAGGAGGAUCCGUUACGCCCAUUAGUUUUAGGCGGUGACCACUCGAUAUCCUUUCCUGUUGUAAGAGCGGUCUCUGAGAAGCUUGGUGGACCUGUUGAUAUACUUCAUUUAGAUGCCCAUCCUGAUAUUUACGAUUGUUUUGAAGGAAAUAAGUAUUCACAUGCAUCUUCUUUUGCUCGAAUUAUGGAGGGUGGUUAUGCUAGGCGGCUUUUGCAGGUCGGUAUCAGAUCGAUAACAACUGAAGGGCGCGAACAAGGAAAAAGGUUCGGAGUGGAGCAAUACGAAAUGCGAACAUUUUCAAAAGACUGUCAUUUCUUGGAAAACCUGAAACUAGGGGAAGGAGUAAAGGGUGUGUAUAUUUCAGUAGAUGUGGACUGUCUUGAUCCAGCCUUUGCACCGGGGGUAUCUCACAUCGAACCGGGAGGCCUUUCCUUUCGUGAUGUUCUCAAUAUCCUACACAAUCUUGAAGGAAAUCUGGUUGCUGCCGAUGUAGUAGAGUUCAAUCCACAACGUGACACCGUCGAUGGAAUGACUGCAAUGGUUGCUGCUAAGCUUGUAAGAGAACUGGCUGCUAAGAUGUCAAAAUGAUAAGUUGUCUUAAAUUUCUAUGUUAAGGUCUUUGGAUGUUUCAUUUCUAUUUAGCUUAAACUUAUGACAAUGCUACUGGCAAUCUUAUAGCUAAAUAAGAUUUAUAUUGUUUA